AUGGUGCCGGUUCUGCCGGGCCUGUACCUGGGCGGCGCCGGCGCUGUCGCUGGCGCCGCGCUCGAGCAGUCGGGGGGCGCCGCGGCCCUCACGGCGCUGCUGCUGGUGGACUCGGAGGCGCCCCCGGCCGCCGCGGGGCCUGAGGCGCUGCUGCACGUCCCGGUGCUGGACCAGCCGCAGAGCGACCUGCUGAGCCACCUGGACGCCUGCGCUGCCUUCCUCAGCCGCGCCCGGGAGCGGGGCGGGAGCGUCCUGGUGCGGUGUCAAGCUGGAGUCAGCCGAAGUGUUGCUGUUGUGACUGCCUAUUUAAUGAAAAUCAACCAUUUGCCUUUUGAAGAGGCCUAUGCCUUUGUCCAGACUGUCAAACCUGAUGCCAAAAUGAAUGAAGGCUUUGAGUGGCAACUGAAACUCUAUGAAAAAAUGGGCUGCAAAGUUGAUGUAACCAGUGCUUCUUACAAACAGUAUCGUUUGCAGAAGUUUACAGAGAAAUAUCCUGAGCUACGAGACCUGCCACGGGAACUCUUUGCAGUUGACCCAGAUGUCAAGCGUCAAACCCCAAAUCAUGAACGUCUUUACAGAUGUAGGAAGUGCAGGCGCCUGCUCUUUCGAAGUUCGAGCAUUUUGUCUCAUGAUGAAGGGAAAGGACCUGCUGCUUUUGCUCAUAAGAGGCUUUCAGAACCUGCCCCUGUUUACUGUGAUGGCCGAUCCAGUUGUACUUCUUAUUUCAUUGAGCCUGUACAGUGGAUGGAGCCGACGCUGUUAGGAGUGAUGGAAGGACAGCUUUUAUGCCCAAAAUGCACAUCAAAAUUGGGCUCCUUUCACUGGCAUGGUGAGCAGUGUUCAUGUGGCCAUUGGGUGACUCCUGCCUUCCAGAUUCACAAGAGUCGUGUGGAUGAAACGAAAGGGCUGCCCAUCGAGGUUCCACAGUGUGUGAGAAAGUGAUCUUGGUUGGUACCUAUGCAACCUAAUCUAAAUGGCACAAAGAUUCUGAAGACUACAGUUAAUGUAAUGCUUUAAGAGGCAAUGCCUCUUUUGCCGUAAAAGGAUUGUUUUUCCUGAAGCCUUACGGCAGUCAGCAAGGCAUUUAUACAACAGAACUUAUUGAACUCCACAAUGGAGCAUUUCCUUUGAGUAUUUUUCUAAUAGAACAUCUUAAGGACCGAACUAUGAGAAAUGCAUGUUCACAUUUGGUGCCAUCGGCAAACUUGGCCACUUCACUGCUCACUCCUAAUUCCAGAUCAUUUAUGAACAAGUUGAAAAGAAUUGGUCCCAAUACCGAUCCCUGUGGGACCCCACUAUUUACUUUCCUCCGUUGGGAGAAUUGACCAUUUAUUCCUACUCUCUGCUUUCUGUUCUUUAACCAGUUACUGAUCCAUAAGAGGACUUCUCCUCUUAUUCCGUUACUGCUAAGUUUGUUCAGGUGUCUUUGGUGAGGGUCUUUAUCAAAAGCCUUGUUAACCUUUAGGGUUUUAAAGAUUAAAACCAUCACUUUGAAUUGUGCCCAGAAAUGAACUAGAAGCCAGUGCAGUUUGGAAAGAAAGAAAAAGGAGGCUUGGGGUGGGGGGAAAUCAGGGUAAGGGUGUGUGCACCCUUCUUUCCAUGGUGUGAUCUUGAUGAUAAUCCCUACCCCCAGCUGCUUUUUGUCCUGGGAGCAAAGCUGCUGUUAGCACCAAUGCCAUUUUCCCGGGUGGGGUGGGGUGGGGUGGGGGAUUUCAUUAGGACCCCAGUGGAGGGAGGGUUAAACCUUCUGUUUCCUGUGCAUUGAAAUGUGAAUCUUGAUCAGGCCUCCCUACCCUGCUAGUACUUUUUUUUAAAAAAUGAGAGGGGUGAAUGGCUUGCAUUGUUUAGUUUGUUCAUUGUUUUAUCAAGGGAUCUUCUAAAAUGGUCUACAUCCAAAGGGUUUUCCUAAACAACUGGUUUAGUUUUGAUUAUUAUUAAAGAGGAGUAAUUAGGGAGAUACUCCAUCAGUUAGAAUGGUGAAAUAUAAUCUAAAAUGGAAUAGUUUGAAGCAUAAUGUGAUGAUACCAUCCAAUUCCAGUUAGUACAGACAUAGUUUGGACUUAACUGACGUUUCAGACCAUUUUCAAAGGCAACACCAUGUACAAUGCAGUGCAGUAGUCCAAGUAAGACAUGCGGGUAACUCUGGGAAAGGGAUCUCUUUCCAGAUAGGGGUGGUAUACUGGUUGCAACCAUAACCUGAUGAAAAGUGAUUGUAGCCAUGGAGGCCACUUGCACUUCUAGUGACCGUCUGCAAGCCUGAUCCUUUCGCGGGGAGUCCAGAUUCCUCCAGAGCGGCUGGACAGACAGACCACAACUUCUCUGGACUGAGUCUCAUUCAGCCCAUUACUGGCUUAAUUUCAGUGCCAGCUUAAGACCUGGCUGUUUACCCCCAACCUUUGGGUUUUAUUGACUUCAGCUUGGUCUUGAUUUGGUUGCUUGGUUAUUAAAACCGAUUUUAUAUUGUGGUUUCAUUAUUUUGAACUGUUUUAAUUACUGUAGCCCACCUUGAGAUUUGUUUCUAUAGAGCAGGUUAGAAAUAUUUGAAUAAGUAUAUACAUCCAUAUAAAUAUUUGAAUUAUCAGUGGAUAUUCAAUAUUUCAAAUGAUCUGCUCUAUAAUUAGAACAGACAUCCAGAAAUCCUUUGUUCUCUCACACAGGGAAUUGCCAUGGUAUUGCAGCUUGGAUUAUGUAUAAUACAGAAUAUCUACAAGUCUUUCAUUUUCUGUCAGCCCUUUUAUGGAUCUAAGUUCACUGGCUCAUUCUUGAUGAGAGAAGUUUUUUCUUUCUUUCUUUCAUGUCACUUAAUUCUCACAGUCCAUUGAGACUUACUUCCAGGUGAGCGUGUUUAGGAUUGCAGGUCUUGCUUUGCAAAUCCUUCUUCAAGAUUUCUGGUUGCUUGAUGUUAUUUUAUUAUGGAUUCAUGCAGUUUUACAAUGAAAUUAUUUUUGAUUGUUUAAAUUGUUAGGCUAAAUUAAAGCCAUCAGUUGAAUGGAUUGUUGGCAAUUAUUACAAUUUUACAUUUUAAAAGCAAAGUAUUGCCAUUUAGAAAGUCCGUCCUGAAUUGCUUUGAGGUUUGUAAUUGACCUGCCUUAAAAUAGAUUUUUGCACUGACUGAUACAAUGUAACAUCUAGAGGUGAUUCAUAUUAUUUUAGGUAAUAUAAUUUUUGGGUUUAUGCAGUUCUUUAUUACAAUAUAUUUUUGUUUUGUCAAAUAAACUUUUAUAAUUG